GGUACUCGGAAGAUGGAAUACAAGGGCAACAGCUGGCACGAGACCUGCUUUAUCUGCUACCGCUGCCAACAGCCUAUUGGGACAAAGAGUUUCAUCCCUAAGGACAAUCAAAACUUUUGCGUACCCUGCUAUGAAAAGCAGUUUGCCAUGCAGUGCGUCCAGUGCAAGAAGGCUAUCACUACAGGAGGCGUUACCUACCGGGAGCAGCCGUGGCAUAAGGAGUGCUUCGUCUGUACUGGAUGCAAGAAGCAGCUGUCUGGACAACGCUUUACCUCCAGGGAUGAGUUUGCAUAUUGCCUGAGCUGCUUCUGCAACCUCUACGCCAAAAAGUGUGCUGGAUGCACAAACCCAAUCAGCGGAGUCGGAGGAACCAAGUACAUCUCCUUUGAAGAACGGCAGUGGCAUAACGAUUGCUUUAACUGUAAGAAGUGCUCUCUCUCAUUAGUGGGUCGCGGCUUCCUCACGGAAAGGGAUGACAUCCUUUGCCCUGAAUGCGGGAAGGAUAUUUAA